AUGCAGUUCUUCAGCAGAAGAAAGAAGUUGAUUGGCAACUCUCAGACUGAGCAGCUGUAUGGACAUUGUCUUCAGUUCUAUGGUCAGCCCCCCAUCGAAAAUAUUUCUCUCUCCGAGUUUGAGACCUUCGCUGUGGAAAGGCUGAAACGUAAGUUGUCUAGCUAGCUUCAGUUACUGCUGGUUUACACGUGUACUGUUAUGAACUAACUGGGUAACACUUUACUUGACACCCAGCGUCAUAACACGUUAUGACACGGUCAUAACAGCUGACAUAACCUGUCGUAAUAUGGUCAAAACACUGUCAUCACACAUAUUUAGACCUGUUAUAUAUUUAUUGAUAUAUAUAUAUAAACAUUAUUUUUUAUUAUAGCUGGUUAUGACAACUACAGAAGUUUGUCAAAACCCACAAAAACCUACCAUGUAAUUAUUUUAUGGCUGGUUAUGACACCUACUUACAAGACAAAACAUUCCAUUACACCAUAGCCAACUUGUAAUAUAAUAUAUGCCGUUUAGCAGACACUUUUAUCUAAAGCGACUUACAGUCAUGCGUGCAUACAUUUUUACGUAUGGGUGGUCCCGGGGAUCGAACCCACUACCCUGGCGUUACAAGCGCCAUGCUCUACCAAUUGAGCUACAGAAGACCACAACUUGUCAACAGUAUGUUUGUUAUAUAACAUUUUCUGAAAUUGACCAUAUUAAAUAUGAUUGUAACUGUGCACAAAUUGAUGUCAGACAUGCACCUACCCCAAUGCUCUGUUGCUGAUGAAUGCAGGAGCAGAUUUCAGAAGCAGGAGAAGACACCCUCUUUUUGACUGACUGACAUAAGGGCAUGUACGUGAUAGGCCUAUCUGGCUUAUAUGAAUAUGAUGGUCAUAAUGCUUCUGGACAGUGUCAUAAUGUGUAUUUUCUGCUAGUUAUUUAAAAUAUGAUGAGAAAAUAAACAUGACAGUAAAGAAUUCAUUACAACAACAACUGACUUAAGAAACAAACUUUCUUGGCAGGGAAAAAACACAUUUGAAUAAAUGUGGGUUUUGACACUUAUGUAGACAUAAUAUAAUGCAGUAUGUCACAACAGGUGUAAAUAUAUGGGUCAUGACAGUGUUAUGACCAUAUUAUGACAUGGUUAUGACUGUGUCAUAACGUGUUAUGAAGCUGGGUGUCAAGUAAAGUGUUACCACUAACGGGAUACAUUUGUCUGACAGUGUCACCUUUUAUUUACAUAGCUAACGUUGCAUGGUGUUUUGAACAUGUUUUGUCAUUCCAGUGUUGAAGACUGUUGAAAACCUUGGAGUGAGCUAUGUGAAAACAUCUGACCAAUAUACCAAGAAACUGGAUGCAGAGUUCUCAAACUUGAACUUUCCCUACAAAAUAGAGGCUGUGAGUACAACAUGA